CGUGAAGUAUCCCAAAUAAUUUAAGAAAAGAAGUAGGUGUCCACAUGGAUUGUACAUCUCAAAGACAUGAAUGAACCCAACUUUGCCAAGUAACUUCACAAACAUCUUCCACAUGGAUUGGAUAUGGAUAAAACCCGGUAUUAUUCGCCGCUUUCACCUUCUUCUUCACUACGUCAUCCUCAUCGCCAUUAUUCACCUUCCACUUCCCAUUUCUAUUUAAUUUCACCACCUCCACUCAUAUAUAAACACACCCCCACAAGCCCACAACUUCAUAUUAUAACUCCAUAACUAAACUCACAUCGCAAAAUUCCACAAAAAUGAACAACUACAGACGUAAAUCCAACUGGGUACGAGGGAAAUGCAUCGGAAAGGGAUCGUUUGGGGUGGUGAGUAUCGGUGUUGAUGAAUCCGAUGGUGUUGUGUUCGCUGUCAAAUCCGUGGAGAACAGUUCCGAUGCGUUUAUUGGGUGUUUAGAGAACGAGAUUCGGAUUUUGAAAUCGUUGUCUUCACCAUACGUCGUUACGUAUCUCGGAGAUGAUGUGACUGUUGAGUCUUCUUCGGUGUACCGGAACUUACACAUGGAGUACAUGCCCGGCGGUACUGUUACUGACUUGGUGAAACAUGGUGGUGUGAAUCUCCGGAGUUAUACGCGGUGCAUCACGUCGGCGUUGAGCUACAUUCACGCCAGAGGCAUCGUUCAUUGUGACGUCAAGGGGAAGAAUGUGUUGAUCGGAAACAUUCCCGGUAUCGCUAAGCUUGCAGACUUCGGGUCGGCGAUUGAAUCGGGAAGUCCGGUCACCGGAAUACGUGGGAGUCCAUUAUGGAUGGCGCCGGAGGUAAUCAAAGGUGAGUAUCAAGGACCUGAGUCCGACGUGUGGUCAUUGGGAUGCACUGUGAUUGAGAUCCUCACCGGAAAGCCAGCUUGGCAAGACAGGGGAGCAGACACCCUCCGUCAAAUCGGCUACUCCGAAGAGCUUCCGGAGAUUACAGUUCCGAUACCGGAAGAUCUACGUGAUUUUUUAAACAAGUGUCUUAGAAGAGAGAGAAGUGAAAGAUGGAGCUGCGAUCAGUUACUCCAACACCCAUUUCUAGUAUCGUGCUCUCCUCCAUCACCACCGCAGAUCACGAUCGACACCUGCAAAUUCUCACCAAGAUGCGUCUUUGAUUGGUCUGUUUCAAGUUCUUCGAACCAAUCAACGCUUGAGAUUUAUCAAUUCGACGUAAAGAACUCAAACGCAAAACAGAGGAUUUGUAAAUUAGCUUCGAACUCAGGGGCAAAUUGGGAAUCAGAAGGUUGGGAGAUGGUUAGGCACGCGACUGCGUUGGAAUAUUCUGAUUCCGUCGAUUAUGAAGAAAGCGUAAGCGGGAGUGGAAGGGCAAAUUGGGAAUAUGCAGAAUCUAAUGCUUGUUAUAAUUACGAUCAUGAAAGUACAACCAAUGAUGCAUGUGGUACAAGUACAACAGCGGAUUCGAUCCAUAGAGAUCCUGUCGAUAUAUACAGUUGUUAUUUGUUUGUAUUGAUAAAAAAAUUGUUCCCAAUAUUUUUCUUUAUUCUGAAUAAUAUCCAACACAUUUCCUAUACGCAUUUCGUUGUCAUUCUUUCGCAUUUGAAAGAUUAUAUAAUACUCCAUGAUUUAGUAUAAAAAUUAAGAGGGAAUUAUAGUA